CAAGUAUAAUGAAGUGUUUCAGCGAAAUGUUGAGAAAAAUAAUAAUAUUUAUCUGCACGUGGAAGGCAUUUUGCAAUGCCCUACGUCUACCCGAUGACAUCCAGAAAUGCUACUUUGGAGAUGACAAAUGCAUUAUAGCCAGCACAAAUCAGUAUUUGCGAAAGUAUGGCAAGGGCAAUGCAGAAUUGGGACUGCCUCCACUCGAUGAUUUUCAAGUGGACGACAUUACGCUCAUCAACUCACCUGGGCCACUCUGGAUAAGCUACAAGCUGAAGAACCAGCGGCUGAGGGGCCUGGAAAAUGCGACCAUCAUUAGCAUAUCGGGCUUUGAUCGUCAGCCGGAAAUGAAUAAAAUGAUUAUCGAGCUGAGGACUCCAAGUCUCGUCAGUCAGGGCACCUACGAGCUGCGCGGCCGUGGCGUCAUAUUGUAUACCAAUUCGAGUGGCAGCACCCACUCGGACUUGCAGAAUGUGCACUUGACACUGAAUGUCAAGAGUUUCAUCGAGUACCGCCAGAAUCGGAGAUAUCUGAAGAUCUACGGAGUGACAACCAAAAUCGAUCUGGAUCGCUGGAUACUGACUGCAGAUAAUUUAUUUAAGGAGAACACGGAUCUCACUCUCUUGCUCAAUCGCGUGAUCAACGACAAUUGGCUCGAGUUUUGGAAUGAGAUUGAAGAGACCAUAUUGCCAGUUUAUACAAAGAGCAUAUUAAAUGUUGUGAAUAAUAUUAUCCAAAAAAUUCCAUAUGAUGAGCUGUUCUUAACAGACUGA